GUUUCAGGCGUUGGAAUUUUUAAAAAGAGUAUUGGGUAUUUCCCUCCCAUCCUUUCCAAAAGGCAGACAAUUUUUAAUAGCACUUCAUUUCUGAAUCCUUCAGUGGCUCGGUUUCAUAUCUUGGAUAUUAAGUUUCGCAUCUGAAGAUAAUGACAUUUCUAAGUCUCCAAGUGUUGAUUGGGGUGUAUAUUUGCUCGUGCAGUGUAAAAGGAUCUUCACAGCCUCAGGCCAGGGUGUUCCUAACAUUCAAUGAACUGCAGGAAACCAAGACCUCUCAGUUUUACGCUCUUUCCCACCACCCCUUAGACUACAGGAUAUUAGUGAUGGAUGAAGACCAGGACCGGAUCUAUGUCGGCAGCAAAGAUCAUAUCUUGUCUUUGAAUAUUAAUAAUAUAAGCCAGGAUCCUCUAAGUAUUUUCUGGCCAGCAUCAACAACCAAAGUUGAUGAGUGCAAAAUGGCUGGCAAAGAUCCUACGCACGGUUGUGGCAAUUUUGUCCGUGUGAUACAGACUUUCAACCGCACUCAUCUGUAUGUUUGUGGGAGUGGAGCAUUCAGCCCUGUAUGUGCAUACCUCAAUAGAGGACGAAGGUCUGAGGAACAAGUUUUCAAGAUCGAUUCCAAAUGUGAAUCUGGGAAGGGACGCUGCUCUUUCAACCCAAAUGUGAAUACCGUCUCUGUUAUGAUCAAUGAAGAACUAUUUUCAGGAAUGUACAUCGAUUUCAUGGGGACCGACGCUGCCAUUUUCCGCAGUUUAACCAAGCGGAAUGCUGUGAGGACUGACCAGCACAACUCCAAAUGGCUGAGUGAGCCGGUUUUUGUGGAUGCCCAUCUCAUCCCUGAUGGCACUGAUCCGAAUGAUGCUAAAGUGUACUUCUUCUUCAAAGAGAAACUGACGGACAACAGUGGCAGCACUAAGCAGAUCCAUUCAAUGAUUGCUCGAAUAUGCCCUAAUGACACUGGUGGGCAACGUAGCCUUGUAAACAAGUGGACAACCUACUUGAAGGCAAGACUUGUGUGUUCAGUUAUGGAUGAUGAUGGCACAGAGACCUACUUCGAUGAAUUAGAGGAUGUGUUUCUGCUAGAAACAGAUAACCCCAGAACGACACUGAUAUAUGGCAUUUUCACAACAUCCAGUUCUGUAUUUAAAGGCUCUGCUGUGUGCGUCUACCACUUGUCUGAUAUCCAACGAGUGUUCAAUGGGCCAUUUGCACACAAGGAAGGCCCAAACCACCAGCUGAUCCCCUAUCAGGGAAGGAUUCCUUACCCACGACCUGGGACUUGUCCUGGAGGAGCCUUCACGCCCAACAUACGGACAACCAAAGAGUUUCCAGAUGAUGUGGUCACCUUCAUCAGGAACCAUCCCUUGAUGUUCAAUCCCAUCUACCCAGUCCACAAGAGGCCAUUAAUAAUUCGGACGGGCACAGACUACAAAUAUACAAAGAUAGCUGUCGAUCGCGUCAGUGCCGCAGAUGGAAGAUACCAUGUCUUGUUUCUUGGAACAGACCAGGGCACAGUUCAGAAAGUUGUCGUCCUUCCCACAAACUCCUCCGCAAGUGGAGAGCUCAUCUUAGAGGAACUGGAAGUUUUUAAGAAUAAUGCUCCUAUAACUACAAUGGCCAUUUCAUCUAAAAAGCAACAGUUGUACGUCAGCUCAGAUGAAGGCGUGACCCAGGUUUCCUUGCACCGCUGUCAUAUCUACGGGACGGCCUGUGCGGACUGCUGUCUUGCCAGAGACCCCUACUGUGCUUGGGACGGCAAUUCCUGCUCCAGAUUCUACCCCACAGGGAAAAGGAGGAGUCGUAGACAAGACGUGAGGCAUGGAAACCCUAUGACUCAAUGCCGAGGAUUUAACCUAAAAGGUUACCGGAAUGCAGCAGAGGUUAUUCAGUAUGGAGUCAAGAAUAACACCACCUUCCUUGAGUGUACACCGAAAUCUCCACAGGCCUCUGUUAAAUGGCUCUUACAGAAAGAUAAAGACAGAAGGAAAGAGGUCAAACUUAACGAAAGAAUCAUAGCAACUGAACAAGGGCUCUUGAUUCGCUCCGUUCAGGAAGCGGACCGGGGACUUUAUCACUGCAUUGCGACGGAAAACAGCUUCAAGCAAACAAUAGCAAAGGUUAACUUCAAGGUGUUAGAUUCGGACACGGUGGCCUUCAUGACUGAAAAGUGGUCCCCGUGGACCUGGGCCAGCUCACUCCAGGCUUUGCAGUUUCAUCCAAAGGACUUGGCUGGAUCUUUCAGCCAUUCAGAACUGCAGAUGAUUAAUCAAUACUGCAAAGACACAAGGCAGCUUGGGCAGCAGGCUGAAGAUUCCCAGAAGAUGAGAGGGGAUUAUGGCAAGUUAAAGGCCCUCAUCAACAGCAGGAAAAGUAGGAACCGAAGAAAUCAGCUGCCUGGAUCAUAAAGUUUUGCUAUGGAGCAUCAAACUUUUUUUUUUUUUUACUUUUUUUUCUUUUGGUGGUAUCCUCCUUCAAGGGAUUUUUUUUCUGCUGAGAGCAUAGAAAAACAUUAGUAAAGUAAGCCUGGUAAAAGAAAAAAAGAUGCAACCUUAUCUAAGUUUUAAGAGGAAAAAGAAAACACCAAAUCCAAAGAGAUUUCAUUUGUGAAGUGCCCACUGACACCAGACAGAUCCUUACUUUUAACAAUGUGAACCAGAUUAUUUGCCUUAACCCAGAUUCCUGCGUGAUGUUUAGACGUCCAUUUUCUUUUCCGGACAAGGAAAACUGAAAUGGAUGCACUGACCUUCCAACCUAGAAAUAUGCAAGGUAGGAAGGAGAAGAAAGACUUUGAGUUAAGAGUAAGUGUAAACUGGGGUGGUAGAUUCUACAGACAUAUCUUCUAUCCAUGUUGAGAUAUAUGGUUGUCUCUCUUUACAGUACAUUACAUUGAAAAAGUAACAGUUCAAGCAAGCAAUUAAAGGUCAUUUCCCAUAUUAGUAUUAAUGACACAUUAACAAAGGAAGUAAUGAUUAUGGCUGCAAUCCUACGCACACUUUCCUGGAUAUGUAGUUAGUUCUCAGUGAGGUUAGUUGCAUAGAAUCAUCGCUCCCAACCUUUUUUGAAAUAGUAAGAUCUGAGUGUAAAAAGGAAAACCAGGAGAAAAUCAAUUGGGCUAAAGAUGCUACCUGCUAAAUAGCUGAAGAUGUUCCUCUGCCCUUUAUUGUAAUCAUUUUUGCA